AGAAAGCGGGUGUCGGUGCGAACGUCGCUGGGCUGUGAGUGAAUUGGCUGUAGUGGGGAAUGUAAUAUCCUUCUCUCUCGCUCUCGCUCCCUGCGCCUGGUUCCUUCUGUCAUCUCAUCUCUGCGGCGGACGCCGGGUGUUGGUGAGUGACGGGGGGUAAUGUGAUGGCAGAGCUGGCAGGAAGGUCAGAUCAAAGCAGACUCUCUGCUGCACACUGAACCAACUGGAUGCAGCCAUUCUAAAGCUACAGCCAAGUCAGAAUGGAUUUCCUCAAUUCCACUGAUGGGGUGUUUGCCACAAGCACCAGUGGUUAUGACUCUUUGGAUACGCUUCCUCCCAGUAAGACACUGCUUACACUGACCCUGUCUGUACUCGCCAUCCUGACAACAUUCUUCAACUGUCUGGUGAUCACCGCUAUCGCAGUGACCCGCAAGUUGCACCAUCCAGCCAACUACCUCAUCUGCUCAUUAGCAGUGACUGACCUGCUGGUGGCUGUGCUGGUCAUGCCCUUCAGUAUUGUGUACAUCCAGAAAGAGCGAUGGGUCAUGGGCCAGGUGGUGUGUACCAUCUGGUUGAGUGUGGAUAUCACCUGUUGCACAUGCUCCAUUCUACACCUUGCUACAAUUGCCAUUGACCGUUACAGGGCCAUUACUGACGCAGUGGAGUAUUCGCGCAAACGCACAGGUGCCAGGGCUGGAGCAAUGGUAGCAGUGGUGUGGUUUUUGUCCAUACUCAUCUCACUUCCCCCUCUUCUGUGGCGGCACUACAGUGGGGAUGCGGACCACAAAGACCAGUGCAUCAUCAUCCACCAUCACAUGGCCUUCACCUUGUACUCUACCCUUGGAGCAUUUUACAUACCCCUGCUGCUCAUCCUCAUCCUCUACUACAAAAUCUACCGGGCUGCUCAGACCCUUUAUAUGCGCAGGGAGGCCAGCCGAGCCAGCCGUCACUCAUGCAUGACCAAUGGGAGCAUGAUCCCUUCAUCGUACCCUGCUGGAGAUGGUGACGCUGAUGGGGAGCCUCAAAGUCCAGAACCCAUAAACCCACCAGAAAAGUCUAUCUCUGAACCUUCAACUGAGGAACCUCCACGGGAACGGGCGCGUGUCUCAGUGAAGACUUUUCACUGCAAGAAGCGCCGGCAUGAGUCGCGGAGCGAAUCACGCCGGAGCCAGUUUUACCAAGGACCUCGGAUCUCUGGCUCACGUGAACGCAAAGCAGCUUCCACACUGGGGUUGAUAAUAGGAGCCUUUGUCAUCUGUUGGUUGCCAUUUUUUGUCAAAGAGGUGAUUGUCAACACCUGCAGCUCGUGCAGCACUUCCAUGGAGAUGGCUGACUUUCUGACAUGGCUGGGAUAUCUCAACUCCCUGAUCAACCCCCUCAUCUACACCAUCUUUAAUGAAGACUUUAAAAAAGCUUUCCAAAGACUAGUAAGGUGCAGCCAUUACCUCUGAUGGUCGCAUUUGUACAUGACAACACGUAAACACAUAAAGGGGAGGGUACAGAUAAAUAGCUGGUGGUCAAAGAAUAAUGACUAUAAUGGGCCUGAGAGAGAAUAAUCUCAUACAGGAAAGGACUGACUCUGCUUUUCAGACACUCCACCAGGCAUUUCAACAACCUUAAUGGCACUAGCUCAGAAAUGAGCUUUGCAGUUAAAUUCCACAUUGAAAUCCAGGUCCUGCUAUUAAUAGAACAGCCUGAGAUCUCAUUGAUGUUAAGUGGUGUGCAAAUGUGAAGGGACACUGACAAGUUGGGGUUUGGAAAAAAGGCCAUUGCUGACCUUUUGGAGAUAUGGGUUCUCAGCAUUUAGUGAACAGCUCUAUUUAAAGGUCUAAAGAGUGCAGUCUAUUAUGUCUCUUCCUUCUAAUGUCCGCCCCUCUAUAUCUGCAGGCUGGACGUGUGUGAAAUAUCACAGAAUUAAAACACACAAAAGUUUUCUUCGUAUGAUGUUGUGGGUUGGGUUGAGUGACUUCUAUCUGACUGGCUAAUGACUGCAAACCAUGUCAACAAAUACGUUAUAGAAUAAUAAAAAAAAGGUUGAUUGUUGAAGCUAAAAUAAUGGCACUGAUUCUUACAUAAUUGAUUUGACAAUUUGAAAAGUGGUAUGUUUUCACUUCCUUUUCAUAAACCUCACAUUAACAUACAGUAUAAAUACUGAAAAAGAUGGAUGGCACCAUAAUAGAAUGCCUUAAGUGUGAUGGAAAUGUUUUAUCAUCUGGGGCCAAAUCAUAUCAUUGGUAACACUUCCCGAAAUGUAAAAACAACACGCGGAACAAAAGCAUCUAAUUGUUGGAGAAGUUGUAAAGGUUACAGUUUCUAUGAAGCCUCUUAAAUUGAUAUUUUUGCACAAGUCAUUAUGUUCCUUUAAAUAUGUUUUCAGUUUUUAAGUUUGAAUUAUAUUUGUCUUGAAACCAUUACCAUUGACAUGCCAUCCCAUCUAAUUCCCACACUAUAGCCAGCAUUUGGUUAAUGGCUGUGAUAAACCACUGGUGAAGAAAUCCUCAUUACAUUACUCCCACUCAAGUACUUGGAAUAGAAAUACUGUUUCUUUACUGCCUCCAAGAGGGCACAUGAUAAAUUGAUGAAAAUAUGGAUGAGUCAAUUGAGAGGGUGUACUGUAUGCUAAGGAGUAUACACGGUGUGCAGUAUUACAUACAUCUCUGAAAGUAUGUCCAGUAUUUGUAUGCUGUUUCUUUGUCUUUCCGUCUUAAUCAUCACUAAUAAACAUUCCACAUCUGAA